GGCUGACGGGAAACCCCGGCGGAACCGGUCGCGGCGCCGGCAGCUGCUCCGCCCCGGCAGCACCAAAUCGCCCCGGCCAUGUCUGCCAGAGCCCGCCGAGACGCCGCCGAGCACGCCGCGCUGCCCAAGUUCCUGUCCGCGGCGUUCUACGCCGGCAGCUCCUUGCUCAUCACGGUGGUGAAUAAAACCGUGCUGACGAGCUUCAGGUUCCCCUCCUACAUGUGUCUGGGAGUUGGCCAGAUGGUCGCCACUCUUCUUGUCCUUUACGCUGCCAAAAGGAGCAAAACAGUCCAGUUUCCAGAUCUUGACAGGAGUAUUCUCUUAAAAAUGUUCCCCCUUCCUUUGCUGUACGUUGGCAACCAUAUAACAGGACUGGCCAGCACCAAAAAACUCAGUUUGCCCAUGUUUACAGUGUUGAGGAAAUUCACCAUACUGAUGACCAUGAUCUUGGAAGUCUAUAUACUAAGAAAAACAUUUCCGAAACGCCUUGUGUACAGUGUUGUGGCCAUAGUUCUUGGUGCCAUGGUUGCUGCAAGCUCUGACCUGGCCUUCGAUGUGGAGGGCUACACCUUCAUCCUGCUCAACGAUGCCUUCACUGCCGCCAGCGGUGUGUACACUAAGAAGAAACUUGACACCGAGGGUCUUGGGAAGUAUGGUGUCUUAUUUUACAAUGCACUGAUCAUUGUUAUCCCCACACUCUUGGCAAGUGCAUUUACUGGAGAUUUACACGAGGCGGUCACAUUUGAGGACUGGGUUAAAGCCACGUUUAUUUUCUGCUUCCUCAUGUCCUGCUUCAUGGGGUUUGUGUUGAUGUAUUCCAUAGUCCUGUGCAGCUAUUAUAACUCCGCACUAACUACGACAGUAGUGGGGGCAAUAAAGAAUGUGGCGGUGGCCUAUAUUGGCAUAUUUGUGGGUGGAGACUACCUGUUCUCUUGGACUAACUUCCUAGGCCUCAGCAUUUGUAUGUCAGGGGGACUAGUGUACUCAUAUCUCGCCUUUAACAUCAAAACAUCUGGAAAUAACACUGGAGCAGCACAAGAGCUGAAGACUCCCAUUGCAGAAGAUUCAACAGGGAAGCUCUCUACCAUCUAAGUGGACAAUGUUUUAGCAUUCACCACUUGGUGGCAUUGUUCUGCUUCAUAUUGGAGCUUGAUGUUGCUUCAACACUUUUAUUUGUAUAUUUAUUUAAACUCAAUGAAUUGAUUUCCUUGGAUUGCCUUAUACCGGUGCUAUCUAUUUAAUUCCACGACUAAAUCAUCGCUGAAUAAAUUGAUGAGAGCACAUAAAAUCUGGGUUCAGGUUCAGUGAAUAUUUAUUGAAGACCAACGAUUUUAUAACAGUGUGGACAGCCUGUCAGAGAAAUCUUACCCUUAAAAUGUGUAAUAAAAUAUCUACCAAGCAA